AUGGCUUCCGGGCGGAUCACCACAUUCACAAACACGUUCCUUGUCGCCAAUCAUGAGCACGGAGGGCCUGUCCUCAAGGUCGUGGGACCGCAGGAGACACGCAAGAAGAGGCCGCAUCGGUGUGACGAGGGAGAUCCGUGCAGGAACUGCGUCAAGCGAAAGGAGACAUGCGUCCGUCUUAACCCGGUAUCGACCAGUGAGGGGGUUUCGAGACACGCCGCCGUUGGCCUCUCCGCCCUUACGAGGGUAGCCUGGUGUCCGCUCUCCGAGCCCGAGUGCCGGCCCAUCAAUCUGCUGCACAUGGAACUGCUGCACCAUUUUGAGCGCUACAGCAUCCCCACGCUGCCGUUCCAGGAAGUGUGGCCGAGGAUGCUGCCGCUCGCCUUCCAGGGCGCGGCACACCGCCCACCGCACAACGCCCCACGUGAUCGCCCAGCCGCGAGAACGCGCUCCAUCCCCCCCAUCCCCACCCCCCCAAUCUCGCCCCCGCAAGAACCACUCGACCUCUCCCUCGACCGGCUCUACUUCCUCUCCACCGGCGUGCGCCAAAUCUUCUUCAUGGCCUGGCCGCUCUUCCAGUCCGCCCAGUCCGCCUUCACCCGCGCCGGGCUGCUCCAGCCGUGUGUGGCGCUCGAGGACGCCGUCGACGCGCGCGGGCUGAACUGGCGGCGGUGGUUGCGCGCGUUUAUGGAGGUGUAUGAUAAUAGGAGGUAUAGGGGGGUUUUGGGGAGGGGAGGGGGUGGGAAUGCGGGGUGUGGGUGUGGGUGUGGGUAUGGCGGUGGGGGAUGGUGUGGUGGGAGUGGCUGUGGUGCCGGUUUUGACGGGGCCGGCAUGGGCGGCGUCAGCAGCAACCCGACGAGCUACCUGGGGGGCUUGCGCAACACUAGCCUCACACCCACGGACGCGUCGCCGUAUAGGAUCAUGACGCUGUGGCAGAGCCAAAAGGAGGGGGAGAUGUAUCUCCAAAACGGCGGGGCCUAUGACGAGGCCCUGGUCAGGACGGCGUACAAGAGACUGGCGACGAGGGUUUCGAUUGCUUUGGCGUUUGUGAUGGACGGUGGGAAUCGUGGGGGUCCGGGGUCUCAAAUAGGAGGGUAUGGCGGCGGUGGUCACUGCCAGACGGAUGUGAAGAGCAGUGACCUGGUGCGGUAUGUGACCACCUUCCCCAUGAUGUGCUUCGGCCCGCUGCUGUCCAUGAUAUCGAGCGGGGACUCUCGGAUGCUGGUUUUGUUGUUUCACAUCUAUCGUGUUACGGGUGCCUUAUUGCCCGACGGCAGAUAUUGGUGGUGCAAGAAGCGGGUAGAAGUAAUGGGCGAGGCAAUAGGACGUGAGCUACGGAGUCGGGGGUUGGAGGUGUGUUUGCGACGGCAGGGCGAGUUUAUUUAG